CCCGGCCCGGCUGGGCCCGGGGGCGCCUCCCGAUCGCCCACUGCGGCGGCGGCUCCUGGGGCUCUCCAGAGCGACAGCGGGCAAGACCGUGCCCCGGGGAGGCUCCUUCCUGCCCGGCGCAGCCCCGCGUCCAUCCCUCGGUCCUUUCCCGCUCGCCGCAGGGGGGUGCGGAGCGGCUCCGGGUGCGGAUCUGCACCCCCCGGUUCUCGUCCCGCUGCGCCCGCCCGCCCGCCCGGAGUGGCCGUCUCCCCGGGAUGGAUCAUGCGGCCGCGAGGUAGGUGAGCGCCCAGGCUCGGAAGGGGCCGCCCGGCUGACUGCCGGCGCUGGUGGAGGCGAGGCGAGGCUUCCAGGCGAGGCGGCUCUUGGGGAGAGAGACUCGCUCCCGUGUCCACACGGACGUCCCCCGCCCAGCCCACCCCCCGCGCCCCGCUUUCCGUUAGGAGCCCGGCGAGGAAAUCCAUGCACUGGCUGAGAGCCGCCCGCGCCAGGGCGCAGCGCUCCAAGGUGUAGGCGGCGAGCGCGGGGUGCGGCGCCUCGGGGACCCCCCGCUGGAGUCCCCGCGGUGGCCUGCGGCGCCGCUGCCACACCCCGGGGGAGAGAGCCGGCUCUUGGGUCCUGCCCUCCGGCGCACCGAGGGGCCCCCCGACGGCACCCCGCGCCCCGACCAUGGUAGUGUUCAAUGGCCUGCUCAAGAUCAAAAUCUGCGAGGCCGUGAGCCUGAAGCCCACUGCCUGGUCGCUGCGCCAUGCCGUGGGACCCCGGCCCCAGACUUUCCUCCUGGACCCCUACAUCGCCCUCAACGUGGACGACUCGCGCAUCGGCCAGACGGCCACCAAACAAAAGACCAACAGCCCGGCCUGGCACGACGAGUUCGUCACCGACGUGUGCAAUGGGAGGAAGAUCGAGCUCGCCGUCUUCCACGACGCUCCCAUCGGCUACGAUGACUUCGUGGCCAACUGCACCAUCCAGUUCGAGGAGCUGCUGCAGAACGGGAGUCGCCACUUCGAGGACUGGAUUGAUCUGGAGCCGGAAGGGAAAGUGUAUGUGAUCAUCGAUCUCUCAGGGUCGUCGGGCGAAGCCCCUAAGGACAAUGAAGAGCGUGUGUUCCGGGAGCGCCUUCGGCCCAGGAAGCGGCAGGGUGCAGUCAGGCGCAGGGUGCACCAGGUCAACGGUCACAAGUUCAUGGCCACAUACCUUCGACAGCCCACCUACUGCUCACACUGCCGAGACUUUAUCUGGGGUGUCAUAGGAAAGCAGGGAUACCAAUGUCAAGUUUGCACAUGCGUGGUCCACAAGCGCUGCCACGAACUGAUCAUCACCAAGUGCGCUGGGUUAAAGAAGCAGGAAACUCCAGACGAGGUGGGUUCCCAACGUUUCAGCGUCAACAUGCCUCACAAGUUUGGAAUCCACAACUACAAGGUCCCCACUUUCUGUGACCACUGUGGCUCCUUGCUUUGGGGUCUCCUGAGACAAGGUUUGCAGUGCAAAGUGUGCAAGAUGAAUGUCCAUCGGCGCUGUGAGACCAACGUGGCCCCCAACUGUGGAGUGGAUGCCAGAGGGAUCGCUAAGGUGCUGGCAGACCUGGGUGUCACCCCGGACAAGAUCACCAACAGUGGCCAGAGGAGGAAAAAGCUCAUUGCUGGCACUGAGUCCCCGCAGAUGGCUUCUGGCAACUCCCCGACUGAGGAAGAUCGAUCCAAGUCUGCACCCACCUCACCUUGUGACCAGGAAAUCAAAGAACUUGAAAACAACAUCCGUAAAGCCUUGUCCUUUGACAACAGAGGGGAGGAGCAUCGGGCAGCAGCAUCUUCUGGCGACGGGCAGCUGGCAGGCCCUGGUGAGAACGGGGAAGUUCGGCAGGGCCAGGCCAAGCGCUUGGGCCUGGAUGAAUUCAACUUCAUCAAGGUGUUGGGCAAAGGCAGCUUUGGCAAGGUCAUGCUGGCAGAGCUCAAAGGUAAAGAUGAAGUGUAUGCUGUGAAGGUCCUGAAGAAAGACGUCAUCCUGCAGGAUGAUGAUGUGGACUGCACCAUGACGGAGAAGAGGAUUUUGGCUCUGGCUCGGAAACACCCGUACCUAACCCAACUCUAUUGCUGCUUCCAGACCAAGGACCGCCUCUUUUUUGUCAUGGAAUAUGUCAAUGGUGGAGACCUCAUGUUCCAGAUCCAGCGCUCUAGAAAAUUCGAUGAACCUCGUUCCCGGUUCUAUGCUGCAGAGGUGACGUCAGCUCUCAUGUUUCUCCACCAGCAUGGAGUCAUCUACAGAGAUUUGAAACUGGACAACAUCCUCCUGGAUGCCGAAGGCCACUGCAAGCUGGCCGACUUCGGGAUGUGCAAGGAAGGGAUUCUGAACGGGGUGACAACCACCACCUUCUGCGGGACUCCUGACUACAUUGCUCCUGAGAUCCUGCAGGAGCUGGAAUAUGGGCCCUCCGUGGACUGGUGGGCACUAGGCGUGCUGAUGUACGAGAUGAUGGCUGGGCAGCCCCCCUUUGAAGCUGACAAUGAGGACGACCUGUUUGAGUCCAUCCUCCAUGAUGACGUACUCUACCCAGUCUGGCUCAGCAAAGAGGCCGUCAGCAUCCUGAAAGCCUUCAUGACCAAGAACCCUCAUAAGCGCCUGGGUUGUGUGGCUGCGCAGAAUGGUGAGGACGCCAUCAAGCAGCACCCCUUCUUCAAGGAGAUCGACUGGGUGCUCCUGGAGCAGAAGAAGAUCAAGCCGCCCUUCAAGCCUCGCAUUAAAACCAAAAGAGACGUCAAUAACUUUGACCAAGAUUUUACGCGGGAGGAUCCAGUGCUCACGCUGGUGGAUGAAGCCAUUGUGAAGCAGAUCAACCAGGAGGAAUUCAAAGGCUUCUCCUACUUCGGUGAGGACCUAAUGCCCUGAGGAGCCGACUCCGGUGGAGUGUUGUGAUGCUGCAAGAAGGGCUUCUCGGCGAGGAUUCCCCUUUCCAGAAUCUUCAAUGGUCUCGACUACUUCUUGGAAUCUCCAGUUCCAGUCCACUCUUAAUUUAUUGCAUUUCCUUCCCUCAGCCAGCUCUGCCCUCCUCCCCAGACGGGGAAGCUCUCUUGGUUCUUUUCUCCGUGUGAUGUCCAAUCAUAUUGGAUGGGUAUCCUGCCUUGUGUGGUCUGUUGGCAAACCAAGGUGUUCUCCUUGGGGGGGGGGGGUACUGGCAGGGAAGGAACUUCAGUUCUUUUAUGGAAAAGAGGAGAACAAAGCAAAAAGAAGUGAAGAUGUCUCUGCUACUGGGCAGAGUCCCAGCAGCUUUCGUUUUUCAUGUCUCCUGCCCUCUCCACCUGCAUUCUAUCCAGAAGAGACUAGUGCUCCUCAGUAUCCCUGAGGCAUACCCAUGUGGGAGAGAGAGAGAGACAGAGACAGAGACAGAGUGGGAGAUGCCAGCACCUGUGGCUGAUUGCUCUAGGAAUAGUUCAUUCUUGCUUUCUUUGGUUUGAGCUGUGGGGCAUGACAGAGCUAUGUAUGCAUGGAUCCCAUGGGAGAAAUUUUUCUUUGGAGAAAAGGAAGUUUUAUUUUUUAAGCCUAUGAAACAUUUGAAUUUUCCCUCCCUCCCAAAGAAGUUGCUUUCUAAUUGGCCAGAAGAUUUAAAUUCCCAUGGACAUGCAGGUUAGAUACUCAAGGGCUAAAAUACGAUGAG